GCGGCCUGCCCGGGCCUCUGCAGCUGGAGCGCCGGCGGAAGUAGGGGCGCCAGCCGCCGUGAAUCUGAGUGGUGGGUCGCGAGCAAGAUCCGGCUCCAUGGUCCCAGCACGGGACGCCCACCCGCGUGUAAGACCCCGAGCGGCGGGAAGCGGCGGGUCCGCGCUGGCAGCACCGACUACUGGGAAGUUCUAGUCCCCGAACACCUGCAUCGGGGAGGGACUGCACUCCCAACGCAGCAGCGGAGACAUCCCUGCGCCCGCGGAUCCUUUCUUGCAAGGAGCUGAAAGUUGAGCUUCCAAGACAGGAAGAGCCUCACAAGAAAAAAGACAAUCCCAGUCAUCUCUGUAUGAGUUACUCUGAAGUCUUUACAAGGAAUAUCUUCUGAGGAGGUACUUUUAACACUUUGCAGAUAUCCUGGGCCUUCUCAAACGUAUGCCAGGAUGAUGCAGACUCCGCUGGCCACUCCUGUGCCUGUGCUCCGGCUCCCCCGGGGUCCUGAUGGCUCAAACCGAGGCUUUGCUCCCGAUGGACGCAGAGCCCCCCUGAAACCGGAAGUCCCUGAAGUCCUGGAGCCUCCAGAAUCUCGGGAAUUCCGGGAACAGCAGGCUCGAGCCUCCCUUCGGGAGCGCUACCUCCGCAGCCUGCUGGCCAUGGUGGGGCGCCAGGUGUGCUUCACUUUGCACGAGGGUGUACAGGUGAUUGCCCACUUCGGAGCCACCGACCUGGACGUGGCCAAUUUCUACGUGUCGCAGCUGCAGACUCCAAUAGGCGUGCAGGCUGAAGCACUGCUCCGGUGUAGUGACAUUAUCUCAUACACCUUCAAGCCAUAAAGACUUCAUCAUGUUCAUCUUUCUGCCUUGGGUGUAGCUACAGUCUCCCAGGCCUCCAUAUGUUCCUGAGCUUGGACCUCUGGGCCCCAGAGAGUUCAGAACCCCCUUGGAAAUUCGCACCAAGCUCCAAGCAACUCUGACAUCUCUGGACAUCCAGGGUGUAGUCAGUAAACUUCUGCAAACCCAUGGGUUCUACAUCCUGUUGAAAGGAAUGCUCUACCUCACAGAACUCUCAACUCUACAGAUAUAUGGGCCCCAUGCCAGUUCUUGAAGAUUUGGGACAGAGGGAGGGAAUAAAGGAUAGCAGAUUACCUAAUGGGAAAUUGUCUGUUGAAGAGGGUGCAAAGUUCAGCCACCCUGGAAAUAUUCCCCAAUGCUUCCCUCCUGCCAAGGAAUCAGUUAUC